CCGAUGCCGUGAAGGUGUUGCAGACAGCACUACCGCCACUUCUGAAAGCACUGCAGUGUCGACGCUGCGGAUGCUCUCUGACGCGGAUUGUCCCGCGGACUAACUGAUGGAGGGAGGGAAGUUGUGAGGCAAGGGGAAGGGGUGAAACAGCCCCUCGAAAGGCCGAACUCUGAAAUAAUGGCGGAAGCCAAUCCACUUCGGGGAUUUCCUCGAAUCCGAAGGGCUGCGACAUCCAUUCCAGGUAACCUCCACCUGAUCUUGGUGCUGAGGCCCACUAGUCUCCUCCAGCGCACCACUCCCUGUGCUUCCACUGACAUUGGCUUUCGCUUCAGUCAAGAUGACUUCGUCCUCAAAAUGCCCGUCAUCACGCUCAGUUCCGUAACUGACCUUCUCCGCUACCUUGAUGAGAACCACCUUUCAUCUGAGUUGGAUGGCAAACUGGAGUAUUGCCGUAGUGACUGGUUUGUUUUACGAACGGCAAUUGAGAGCUUUGCAGUAACAGUGAAGGAGAUAGCCCAGCUGCUCCAGGCCUUUGGCACGGAGCUGGCCGAGAUCGAGCUCCCAGAUGAGGCUAACGCUAUCGAGUACCUCCUCACCGCUCACACAGACAAGUACCGCCAGAUGAAAGAUGAGAUCAGGUCCGUCAUCAAAGAGGGUCGUCAGUUGCAAGUCAACCUGGAGACCUCCAAGCCACCAGAGGGCAAUGCUGCAGAGCAGAGAGAGGCUGACCAGGACAGGAGCACGGUGCAUAGGCUCCUGGCCCAGCUGCGGGACAUGGAGAUGGCCUUUGAUGAGUUCUUCGAGAAGCACCACCUCAAGCUGCAGCAGUACCUUCAGCUCCUGAGAUAUGAGCAGGGCUUUCACGAUAUGGAGCUGACGCUGGAGCAGCUCACUGUCCAGGAGAAGGCCAUCCCCUCCGUCGGCAUGACCGUGGGCCAGUCAGAGCAGCUGCUCGCAGACCUGGAGGUGUUGGAGGCCCGAGCUGAGGAGGAGAUGACCCGCGCCCAGAUCAUCAUCCUGCACGGGCACCAGAUGGCCACCAGCCACCACUACGCCCUGGCGCUCAUCGUGCAGCGCUGCAACGAGCUGCGCCACCACUGCGACGUGCUGACCACCUCGCUCCGCGCCCGCCGGGCAUCCCUCAUCCGCGCCAGGGACCUGCUCGUCUGCCUGGAGGAGGUGACGUGCUGGUGUGAUGAGGGGGCCUAUCUCUUGGCCAAUCAGCUGGUGGAUAAGUUCCAGUCUAAGGAGGGGGCUCAGAUGGCCCUGCUGGACCUGGAGCAGCUCCUGGAGAGGGGCCCCUCGGUGCUCAGGUCCAGCCCUGACGUACUCAGCCUGGAGUUCCAGGCUAUCCUGACACCCCAACUGGAGUCUCAGAUAACUGCCACUGCUGAGAAGCUGUCUGCCGUGCGCGGAAUGAUCCAGAACCGGCAGGCGUGCCUGCGGAAGCUGGCGGACUUGCAGGCCCGGCCCAUCCAGCUGGUGGCCCCUCGGCCCGAGAACCCCCCGCGCUGCUGCAAGUCCCCCCUCUUCUCGCCCAAGCACAGUGUCGACUUUAAUUCCACCCUAAAAUUCUCCUUCUCUGAUCUUUCCCUACCUGGGAAGAGAGGAUCUCGGAAAAGCCCAAGCACAAAGAAGAUUGAAGUGAUGCAUGACUAUGAGGAGAACAGGUCCUCCAUGUCCUAUACACCAGAGGGAGAGGAGAACCCACUCCAGAAGAUACGACAUGUGAUCAAGGAGCUGAUUGACACAGAGAGAGUCUUUGUGGAAGAGCUGCUGUCUGUGUUGCUGGGCUACAGAGCGGAGAUGGACAACCCAGCCCUCUCUGGCCUCCUGCCCACGGCCCUGCGCAACAAGAAAGACGUGCUGUUUGGAAACAUGUCCGAGAUCUACAAUUUCCACAGCAGAAUUUUCCUCCAAGAUCUGGAGAGUUGCCUGGAGGUCCCGGAGAGAGUUGGGGCCUGUUUUCUUGAGAGGACUGAGAACUUCAAGGUGUACGAGCGGUACUGUCAGAACAAACCUCGCUCUGAAUCACUAUGGAGACAGUGCUCUGACUCGGCAUUUUUCCAGGAAUGUCAGAAAAAGCUCGACCAUAAACUGCGGUUAGACUCCUAUCUUCUUAAGCCUGUUCAGCGGCUCACCAAAUACCAGCUUUUACUGAAGGAGCUGCUGAAGCACAGUGCCAACUCUGACCACGCCAGCGAGCUGCAGGGGGCGCUAAACGCCAUGCUGGAUCUCCUCAAGGCAGUCAACGACUCCAUGCACCAAAUCGCCAUCACAGGUUAUGAGGGCGAUCUGAGCGACCUGGGCCGUGUUCUCAUGCAGGGCUCCUUCAACGUGUGGAUCAGCCACAAGAAGGGCUCCACGCGCAUGAAGGACCUGGCGCGCUUCAAGCCCAUGCAGCGCCACCUGUUCCUGCACGAGCGCGCGCUGCUCUUCUGCAAGCGGCGCGAGGAGAGCGGCGAGGGCAGCGAGCGCACCUCCACCUACAGCUUCAAACACUGCCUACGGAUGAGUGCUGUUGGCAUCACAGAGAAUAUCAAAGGAGACAUCAAGAAGUUUGAGCUGUGGUACAGUGGCCGAGAAGAGGUCUAUUUAAUCCAGGCCCCGUCAGUGGAGGUGAAGAUGGCCUGGCUGACCGAGAUCAGGAAGAUCCUGACCAAUCAGAGGCUUGCUCAAGACGAAGGUCACACCUGCGUGGUGGCGGAGGGGGUAGUAGACAGUCUGGCACGUGUGUCGGUGUGCAUGCCCUGGAGCCCCACGCAGAUCACGGGCUGCUCAGCUUGUUUUGAUGUCCCUCCUCACAGCAAGCUGCAGGGGGCGUCGGUCAGCUCCGAGGAGACCGAGUCGGGCCGCACCAGCCCGGUUCUGACGGACCCGGUCAUCUUCUCGCCCCGGCGGCAGCAGAACCGUCGCAGCUGGCAUGGGACGUCCAACUCAGUAGAUAUCUGUGAGGGCCUGGAGGACUGGACCACUGACCUCUCCAACCUGUCCGAGUCUGAUGAGGAAGAGGAGGCCACUCUUCUGGUCCCUGGACGGUACAGGGCAGUGGUGGACGGCCUUCAGAGAGAACCGGAGGACCUGGUGAUCAAAUGCGGAGAUGUCCUUCAGCUGGUGGAGGAUGAUGGAGCGGGCCUGUGGCUGGUGAGGAACAUCACUCUGGGGGAGGAGGGCCGAGUUCCGUCCGACAGCCUGCUCAGGAUUCUGGGAGAGAGCGGCUAUUUCACCCGCCAGGGCGAUAUGGUAAGCAUUAAGACCGGGAAGCUGAGCUCCUGAAGAAGCCCCGUGUGAGCGCACAGGAGCCCCCAUCCCUCUUCCUCAGGCCCCACUCCAGAGAUCCUCAGCAUUCUACACAAAGACCACAGCAUUCCUCCGUCCUCCAUCUUACUGUCUCCGUCUCACAGUCUCCACCAGCCAUCUCUCAAGAGACAGCACAUGUGUGAUGCAGGAGUAACUACAUAUGCUACAGGCAGGCUGCAACCCUGUCUGACAGAUGUGGGUUUGGGGAUUGGACUGAAGGACAAGCAUGGACUCUCUACAGAUCCAAGAUCAGUAUCUUUCACAAGGAUCCACCAGUGGCAGUACAGUGGAGUUCAAAACAAACCUUUGACCUUUGUCAGUCUGUCAAGCACAAUGUGAAACACAGAGCAGUAUUCCUCCUGACCUACAGAAAGCCUGAUUGGUUGGCAUCAGGCCGUUUCUCAUGACCACACAGUGCCCAGUGUUACUCACACCGCAGUCUCGGUUUCCAUGGUAAUCGAGCGACCUUGGACCCCCCCCCCCCCCCUCCGGACAGUGUCCA